CAAGUUCGAUAAAAUUAGGAUCUAUUUCCAGAGCUCUGGGAUAGUGUUAGACACAAACUCACAAUGUGUGUGAAUUGCUUUUAGUAUAUUCGUAAAAACAUUAUGGUUUUAGGCAUGUGAUGCCUUACAUUGAGGAUAUUGAACAACGAUGGGAGAGGCAAAUAUUUGGCGACCACGUCUUUGUUCAUGAUGAGGAUUUGAGUGCUUUAUUUGUAAAUACCAGGUAGUGGUACUACGUUGGUAUCUUAUAUAUGUCCUGACAAGUAACUUUUCAGACUAUUUGAUAAAAGGUUCUUAAUUUAGGUGAUAUAAGUUUCAUUUCUGUCGGAAAUAAUCCAGAAGCUAUUUUUAGACCUAGCAGCUGCAUCAUUUGCAGUAGUCUAGUGUUUUGUCAUUAUGGCGGAUGUGGACCCCGAGACUCUUCUAGAAUGGCUUCAGAUGGGCCAGGGGGAGGAGAGGGACAUGCAACUGAUAGCGCUUGAACAGUUGUGUAUGCUGCUCUUGAUGUCAGACAAUGUCGAUCGAGUGUUUGAAAGCUGUCCUCCAAGGACAUUUCUCCCUGCUCUCUGUCGGAUUUUCCUGGAUGAGGGUGCUCCGGACAACGUCUUGGAGGUCACUGCUCGCGCCAUCACUUACUACCUGGAUGUAUCCGCAGAGUGCACCCGCCGGAUUGUUUGUGUAGAGGGCGCCAUCAAAGCUCUGUGUAACAGACUAGUAGUGGUGGAUAUGGCUUCUAAAAAUAGCCGCGAUCUGGCAGAGCAGUGCAUCAAGGUGCUGGAGAGGAUAUGCACCCGUGAGUCGAGUGCUGUGUUUGACUCUGGGGGGCUGAACUGUGUGCUGACCUUUGUGACAGAGUACGGGUCACAGGUUCACAAGGACACACUCCACUCGGCCAUGGCUGUUGUAUCCAGACUCUGUGGUAAAAUGGAGCCCCAGGAUUCCUCACUGGAGUCAUGUGUCGAGUCUCUAUCAACAUUGCUGGAGCACGAAGACCAAUACGUUGCUGAUGGAGCAUUGAGAUGCUUUGCUUCCCUGGCCGACCGCUUUACACGUAGAGGAGUUGAUCCAGCCCCGCUAGCUCAGCACGGACUUAUAGAUGAGUUGUUACAGAGACUUCAGCAGGCAGGGGACUCGGGGCCCAAUGUAUCCACAGCCAGUACCCCGGGGAAUGUCAGUAUACAAGAGGCAAAGUCCAGCCCCAGUAUCUCCACGGUAAUCAGUCUACUGUCCACGCUGUGUCGGGGUUCACCCACCAUCACACACGACCUCCUCCGCUCAGAUCUACCGGACGCCAUAGAAAGUGGGCUCAGAGGGGAUGAAAGGUGCUGUCUGGACACCAUGAGACUAGUGGACCUUUUGUUGGUUCUGUUGUUCGAAGGUCGGAAAGCUCUGCCCAAGGCCGGGACCUCCACCAUCAGUAGUCGGUUGUCAGGGUUACGACGCAGUGAUUCUGCUGGUGACCGCUCGCAUCGACAACUCAUUGAUUGUAUCCGCAGUAAAGACACAGAUGCACUCAUAGACGCAAUAGACAAUGGGGUGACAGGAUUUGAGGUGAACUUCAUGGACGACGUGGGCCAGACCCUGCUGAACUGGGCCUCUGCCUUUGGGACCCAGGAAAUGGUUGAGUUUCUGUGCGAGCGGGGAGCAGAUGUUAAUCGUGGCCUGAGGUCCUCCUCCCUACACUAUGCCGCCUGCUUUGGUCGACCCCAGAUAGUCAAGACUCUUUUGAGGUAUGGUGCCAAUCCCGAUCUGCGUGAUGAAGAUGGGAAGACUCCGCUGGACAAGGCCCGGGAGAGGGGAGAUGAAGGUCAUCGAGAGGUCAUUUCCAUCUUACAGUCGCCAGGUGAGUGGAUGGUCCAGGUGAACCGAGACCAGAGCCAGCCAGCCGGUCAGGAGAAGAAGGAGGAGGUGGAGGCGAUGGAGGGGGAGGGGGAGGUCAGUGAACCUCGAGGCGACCCUGAGGUGGCCCCCGUCUACGUCAAACAGCUGCUCCCUGUGUUCACUCACGUGUUCACCAGUACCAUGCUGCCCUCUGUCAGGAAGUCUAGUCUUUCCUUACUGAAGAAGAUGAUUCAUUACACCGGCACCCCACUUCUGAGUGAGAUGUGUAACCCGGAGCUGGGGGUCGUGAACUUUGCUGGUUUUCUUACUGAAGUGCUCACAAAUGUUCUAGAUCAUGAGGAUGAUGAUGAAGGCCACCAGGUGGUGCUGCACAUUAUCCAGGAUCUGAUGAAGAAGGCCGAGGAUAUCUUCCUGGAACACUUCGCUCGGCUGGGGAUGUUUGGUCGGGUCCUGGAUUUAGCUGGUCCCCAGGAGAGCGAGGCAGCCGCCAUCAAAGAGGAGAAGGAGGAUGAGGAGUCUGUGAUUGAGGACGCCCCAGAGAUCCAGCAGGGCCGACCCUACCACUGGAAGGACUGGUGCAUCGUGCGGGGGCGGGACUGUCUGUAUCUGUGGUCAGAUGCCGCCGCUCUGGAGCUGUCCAACGGGAGCAACGGCUGGUUCCGCUUCAUCCUGGACAGCAAGCUGGCCACCAUGUACUCCAGUGGGAGUCCGGAGGGAAGCUCGGACAGCUCAGAGAACCGGGGGGAGUUCCUGGAGAAGUUACAGCGGGCGCGGGGUCAGAUUAAGCAAGGCGCGGUCAGUCAUCCAGUCCUGACCCACGUCAGCUCCCAGAGACUGGUGGUGGGUAACUGGACACUGGCGUGUAAGAAGGAGGGAGAGCUCCACAUCCAUAACUCGGAUGGACAGCAAGUCUGUGAUCAAUCAACAAUUCUGAAGGAGGAUUUAGCAGGGUUUAUAUUUGAGUCCAACAGGGGAACAAAACACUCCUUCACAGCCGAGACAUCCCUAGGGCCAGAGUUUGCUACCGGGUGGGGCGGCAAGAAAAACAGGAAAAUGCGCUCCAAGACUGAGGAAAUCAGGUCCAAGGUGAAGACAAUGGCCAGAGAGAUCUAUGAGCAGUACUUCAGAGCAGCGGAAGCCAUGCCUCGCGGUGUGGUCGCCAAGAUACGCAACAUUGUUCAGCAGCUAGAAGCAGCCUGUGCCAUGCAGAUUAGCCAAGUCAGGAAUGCUGAUGGUGAGGUGACCUGGAUUGAGGACAUGAGGGAGAGUCUAGAGGAGCUGGUCCUCCUACUGAGAGAUGAACACACUGUGUCCUCAUAUGAACUCCAGUCCAGUGGUCUGGUCCAGACUCUACUCAACAUCCUCAACAAUAACAUAGAAGAUUCCACAAGUAAGGACAGCAAAAGAAGGACAAAGGAGAGAAUUGGGAUAUUCCGAUCAGUCUUUCAAGAAAAUGAUGGGUUGAAUCCAGCUAUUGCUAUAGUUAGGAAGUUAAUAGCUGUAUUAGAGUCAGUAGAGAAACUGUCUGUGUAUAACUACGAUCUUCCAGGAUCUGGCUAUGGGUUACAGAUUUUGACCCGUCGUUUACGAUUCCGACUCGAGCGAGCUCCUGGAGAGGCAGGGCUACUUGAUAGGAGCGGAUGUAACCUGAAGAUGGAGCCACUGACAACUGUGGGGGCGCUGGAGCGGUACCUGCUCAAAAUGGUUGCUAAGCAGUGGUAUGACUUUGAUAGACAGACUUUUACUUUUGUUAAAAUCCUGAAGGAGAAGAAGGACCCGUUCUAUCUGAAUUAUCAGUCCGACUUUGACGAGAAUGGUCUCAUUUAUUGGAUUGGAUCCAACGCAAAAACUGCAGUGGAAUGGGUUAAUCCUGCUCAGUAUGGACUUAUAGUGGUCACCUCCUCGGAAGGUCGUAAUCUGCCGUACGGAAAACUGGAGGAUAUCGUUAGUCGAGACAGCGCUGCUCUCAACUGUCACACAAACGAUGACAAGAAAGCUUGGUUUGCCAUUGACUUGGGAGUCUGGAUCGUGCCAACUCACUACACUCUGAGACACGCACGUGGAUAUGGCAGAUCUGCACUGAGGAAUUGGCAGUUCCAGGUGUCCAAAGAUGGCAUUAAUUGGGUCACACUUAAGACUCACAAGGAUGACACAAGUCUGAAUGAGCCUGGGUCCACGGCGACAUGGCCCCUGACACCCCCAGAAGAUGAGAAGCAGGGAUGGCGACACAUCAAGAUUCAGCAGACUGGCCGCAACGCUAGCGGUCAGACCCACUACCUGUCUGUGUCAGGGAUGGAGAUAUAUGGAACUGUAAAUGGAGUCUGUGAUGAUCUAGGUAAAGCAGCGCGCGAGGCAGAGGCCAGCCUACGGCGACAGAGAAGGAUAAUCAGGACCCAGGUGUUGAAACAGAUGGUCCCUGGAGCCCGCGUCGUCAGGGGAAUGGACUGGAAGUGGAGGGACCAGGAUGGACCCAAGGGAGGGGAGGGAACUGUGACCGGUGAACUGCACAAUGGAUGGAUUGAUGUGAACUGGGACUCUGGUGGAUCCAACUCCUACAGAAUGGGGGCAGAGGGCAAAUAUGACUUGGCCCUCGCUCCAGGAUAUGACCCAGAAAAACACAGAGCAGCCUUGGCCAAAGUAGACCUAGGGGCCAAGGCUAAGACAGGGGUAGUCACUUCAGACAAAGUCAAGGUAAGCGUGUUGACAAGUCGUAAGAGCAGCUCCACCCCAAGUCUUACCGAGGUCGACGAGAACAAACCAUCCGUAGCCAGCACUGAACAGGCCGCUUCUGCCGAAUGCCUGACAUCUGCCGUCAAAUCUAUGGCACAAAAUCUAAGUGACAACCUUGUGAAUUUGGCCACAACCAUGGAAUCUUUAGAAGAAACCAAAAAUAGCAACAAUAUCCCUAGUGAGCCUCAGCUCCAAGAGUCCACCAGUCUAAACAACAACAGGACAGGAGCUGUGGAGGGCCGGGAACCAGCACAGUCGGCCUCAGGUGCUGAAGGCGGGAUGACUUUGGAGCAUCUGAACUCAAAGACAGACAACAAAAAGGCGGACGGACAGACACGGGGGUCCCCCACUAACCCGAUGAGUGUGAGCGUCCCGAACCUCCCCACCAGCAUGGAGCAGACAGUCAGUCUACUGGAGACAUUUGCUGCCGUCGCUAGACGUAACCUAGGAACUGUUGGCAUGAACAACCGGAGCAACACCCUCAGGCUGGGGAGUCAGAAUGCACCAAACCUAUUCUCCAUUGUAGGUAACAACCUGCUGAGUACAGCCCAGAGUUACCCGAGUCUGACCACCUCUAAUGCCCCCACCUCGAGUACACUCACCACCACCCAGACCAUGGCCAACGUGACCUCACUGAGCCAGGCCCUGACUCGCAGUCUCACCUCCACCUCCAGCGAGAGUGACGAGUUUCUUGAGACAUGCCGAGCCACCACCCUCCUGGGAGAACUUGACGAUGAUGAAGAGCUGCCUGGGCCUGAUGAUGAUGAUGAUGAAAACGAAGAUGAGAAUGAGGAUGAUGAAGUGUACGAGGAUAUGAUGGAAGAAGAUGGCCUGGAUGAAGUGCGAGGAGAGAGAAGGAAGACCUGGGAUGAUGAAUUUGUCCUGAAGCGUCAGUUCUCGGCUUUGAUCCCCGCCUUUGACCCCCGACCCGGUCGCACUAAUGUCAACCAGUACCAGGACUUUGAAAUCCCGGCACCUGGUAUGGAGUCCAGCCCGGCCAGCGACAGCCUGGAUUCCAGCAGUCAGCCCAAGAUAGUCCUCUUUAUCAAAGCCCCGUGUCUCCCAGGGAUGGAGAAUAUUGAGGUAUGCCUGGGCUCAGACGAGAGCUGUAUUUUCAAGUACAUCCAGAAGUUACUGGUCCAUGGAAUGUCUGGGAACAGAAACGAGAGGAUCAGGCGAAUCUGGGAACCAACUUACACAAUUAUGUACAGAACAUUGAAGGAAGGAGAAACCAGACAAGAACUGGAGAAAAUUACAGAUUCCCUUCAUUCCAAGACCGGCGCCCACUCUGAGGCGAGGUCGUGUCAGAUCCUGAGUGAGUGGGACGUCCCGCGGAGUAACGACCCCGCGGCCUGUACUAUAGACCACGUACUGCAGCUCCUGCAGCGACUCUACGCCAUCUCCAUGGAGCACAGUCAGAACAUGCAGCUCAAUGAGAGAAAGGGUGUUCAGCUGAAUGUUCCUGCUGAGGAAUUUGUCUCCAAGAAACUGACCAACAAAUUGAAUCAACAAACACAGGACCCGCUGGUGCUGGCCAGUAAUGCCCUCCCUGACUGGUGUGAACAGCUGACCAAGGCCUGCCCUAUGCUCUUCUCAGUGGACACCAGGCAGCUCUACUUCACCUGUACAGCCUUUGGCACAUCCAGAGCUAUAGUUUGGCUGCAAGACAAGCGUGAUGCGAGCAUAGAGAGGAGUCGAGGGCCGGUCACCAGGAGAGAGGAGGGAGGAGAGUACCGAAUCGGUCGACUGAAGCACGAGCGUGUCAAGGUUCCGCGCGGCAACACACUGCUAGAGUGGGCCAUGCAGGUCAUGAAGUGCCACGUCCACAGGAAGUCAAUGCUGGAGAUUGAGUUCCAGGGGGAGGAGGGGACCGGCCUCGGCCCCAGCCUAGAGUUUUAUGCCCUGGUGGCUGCCGAGCUCCAGAAGAAAGAGCUGGGCAUGUGGCUGGUGGACGAUGACUUCCAUGACAAGACGGAGAGAGAGAUUGAUCUCGGCCAAGGAGUUAAACCUCCUGGGUAUUACAUCCAAAGGUCUGGAGGACUUUUCCCUGCCCCCUUACCUCAGGAUCACUCUGAGGUGAGCCGAGUAGAGAGACUGUUUUUCUUCUUUGGCACACUCCUUGCAAAAUGUCUCCAGGACAAGCGGCUGAUAGACAUGCCUUUGUCGCGGCCGUUCCUCAAACUGAUGUGUAUGGGGGAGGUGGGGCACCACAUUACUCAGCAGUACACCGAGUCCCUCCACCGCUCGGUGACCUCGUCCGAGUCCUACUACAGUGACCACAGUGACCUUAUGACCUCCAGUAUUGAGGACAAGGAGUUGAUCCUUGACCCCCCGAAGCUCCGACAGCUGGAGGGUGUGUCCUGGUUUGCUGGGAUUCUGACGGAGGAGGAUUUUGAUACCGUUGAUCCAUACCGCUCCAACUUCCUUAAACAGCUUCGUGAACUCGUGAGUCGUAAACAGAGGAUUCUGAAGGAUCGCAGCCUGUCCCAGGACCAGAAGAACAUUCGUCUUCAGAGACUGGCUCUACAUGGCCAGAAGUUCGAGGGGUGUCGCAUCGAAGAUCUUGGAUUGACAUUCCAAUUCAAUCCCUCGUCUAAGGUUUAUGGAUAUUUAUCGUAUGAUUUGAAACCUGACGGAGAAAAUGUGGAUGUUACCAUGGAGAAUAUAGAUGAGUAUGUGGAUUUGGUCACCGACUUCUGUCUAAACAUUGGAAUCCGUCGGCAACUGGACGCGUUCAGAGAUGGAUUCAAUGGGGUUUUCCCUAUGGAAAAGCUUCACGCAUUUAGUCCUGAUGAAUUGGUUACCUUAAUAUGUGGGGACCAGUAUCCAAAUUGGAGCCGGGAAGACAUCCUUAACUACACAGAGCCUAAACAAGGAUACACCAAAGAGAGCCCGGGAUUCCAAAGGUUUGUCUCUGUCCUGUGUGAGCUGAAUGCGGACGAGAGGAAGGCCUUCGUUCAGUUUGUGACUGGCUGUUCUUCCCUCCCCCCUGGGGGUCUUGCCAAUCUCCACCCCCGACUCUCCGUCGCUCGUAAGAAUGAGACGGAGACCAGUUACCCCUCUGUCAACACCUGUUAUCACUACCUGAAGCUCCCGGAGUAUUCCAGCGAGGAAAUCCUUAGAGACAGACUGUUAACCGCAACUCGGGAAAAACAGUUCCACUUCAACUAACGCCAUUGAGACUGUUAAACUGUGUAUUGUUGUAUCGCUGGCUGGGAUAUACAUUGAGACUGUUAAACUGUGUAUUGUUGUAACGCUGGCUGGGAUAAAGCUCAAACGGUCAGACCGUUGUAUCAUUUGUAACACUGUAAGAUUGUGAUUGUAUUGUUGUAUCGCUGGCUAUAGUCCACAUAUCAUUGUAACAGUGAAGAGUUUGCCACUGGUGGUACUGGUUCAUAUACUGCAGGGCAAAACCAAGUGGACAGAGAACAUUCUGUUAUAACCAGUUUACAACGAUGAAAUAUGUUCAGCAAAAAUCCUGUGGAUUUUGUACCAUGGAAACUGUGAUUAUUUUAUAGAUAGAAAAUGACCUGAUCAUGGCUUGAUUAUUUAUUGUUACUGAGUAAUUGUAUCUACUGAUUAUAUGUCUUCAUUCUGUGUCCUUGCUCCAAAAGCUGUGUGCCAAUAUGACACUAGGAUUGUAAUGAGUACACCCAACAGAUUUCUAGCUCUGACCAAGCAGGCCGAGCACUGCAUUACUUUAUGAACAGGGUGUGCUUUGUGAUGCGUGUGGUUGCGGUCAGAGUCGAGCACUGCAUUACUUAUGUACAGGGUGUGCUUUGAGACGCGUGUGGUUGCAGUCGGGGCCGAGCACUGCAUUACAUAUGUACAGGGUGUGCUUUGUGACGCCUGAGAUUGCUUUACUUGUGUGAUCCAUUAUACAUGUAAAUUCUUGUUCUUUGUUUUCUUAAUAUGAAGUUUUGAGAUGACAUUUCAUAUUUGAUAUACGAGUGUUGUUUAUUAUUCUUAUUUGCAAGACAAGAUAUACUCAGUAGGUAUAUUUUGUCAUUUUCCAAAUGGAAAUGUACACGUUUAUGCUAAUAAAGCAUUUUUUGUAAAAUUGCAA